AUAUCAAUUUUGUUUUCUUUAAUUUUGCCUACGGAACGAUUCUUUUGUCAUGGAAAUGAGAACUAUUAACAUGAUUUUCUGUAAAGUUUAUACAUUAUUUAAGUGCUUCAUUUGUUUGAUGAGAAAAUUCAUAGUUAAGAUGGAAAAGGACUACUGUUUAUUAAUCUUUUGGCUUACUAGGAGAACUUCACAUGCACAGAAAGAAGUUAUAGAGUUUUGUUUUGCUUUCUGUAGUUUUUAUGUAAAUGGAAAACAGGGUUAAUUUCGAUUGCACCUUUUCUUUGCAAUAAUGGAGUAUUUUACAAAGGGGAGGAUGUGACCACUAGCAAGAGGCACAAAGAGGAGUGCCCGCCAAAGCUUGAAAGGUUCAAAGGACAUGGAGGUUUUGGUGGAAUCUUUGUUUUCCCUUAAUGAAAUUAAAAAUUAGCUUGAACAUUUUAGGAAUACCAUUUAAGGCAGGUGAGGAGAUAACUGUUUGACCGGAAAUGGAGAGAGAUUAUGUCUCCUAAAAGAUUAGUUUAUAUAAGGAGUAAAGAAAUUUGUCAACAAGCAUCUGCAAAAUCCUUAUUCUAAAGUGGCAAAUACACAAAUCCACUAGCACAAAAUUUGCAAAAUUCCUUAUGCUGGGUUCUUAUUGCUAUCUAUGAGCCUUUUCUCCAUUGGGCUUCUUUAAAGUUUUGUGCCAGGGAGAUCAAUUUUCUAAUUCAUUCUUCAUAGUGAAUAGCCAAAUUCAGCUACUUAUUUUAUUUCAUUCCUGUCUGAUAUGCUUUCGUUUCAUUGAUCCUUUAAACUUUCUUUGUGGUUCUUGAUUAUUGCUUCUCUUUCUCCUUGACUCUUGAGGUAAGCAACUUAAAGGUGGCAUUUUCUUUUCUAAUGAUGAAUUUGACCUUUAUUCACUUUGGCAGCUGGGCUCAAGUAGAUGCAGAUAUUUAACAGAACAAUGUGUUUUUGCUGAAAACUAGUGUCAACAGAAGAAUACCACCUUGGCAAUUUUGUACAAUGCAUAAGCACCUUUUAUACUAUGAAAACUUUAUUACCAAUGAGGCAUUCAUGUUAAUAUAAAGUAUCCUUUCUUGACCAAGUUCCCAGCUUCGUUUUUCCUUGUUUGGUUGCCAGUGAAUGCUAUAUGGAGGGAACAGAUAAGAUUUCUCAAAUACUUUCAUAUUCAUUUACAACCAUGGAUGUUAUAGAAGUUGGUUUUUAUGCGAUUGCAUUGAUCUUCAGUGAUGGAUUGAUUAUGGUUUUAAUUUGUAUUUUUUAUAUCGAUAUACUCUUUUGAUUACUGUGUGACUAUGUUAUGGUUUCAAAAAUUCCACUAACACCAAUAGUUGUGGUGAAGCAACAGUUCUUUGUGAUGAGGCUAUCUACGCAGUACCAACUAUCAGAUUUGCCAAUCCAUUCAAUUUUGUAAAUCUUAAAAGGGAUGAGAGCAUUUAAGGUAAAGACCAACAUAGAAGUCAAGGGACAGAGGGGAGAUGGAGGAGUCAAGGACCACGGAGUUAACGAUUUCAUGGCUUGGAAGAAUUCAACACAAGGGGCAUCAUACACUGCAAGUCCUGGUGAAGCGGAAAGAAGUAAGGAAGAGAACCAUCUUCUUAAUGCCAGUGACAUCUUUUUAGCAUCUGAUGCGCCAGAGCUGGUUGUAUUUAUUCAAGAGAGUGAUUAUCAGUCUGUCAAGGAUAUUUUCAUAGAUAGGGAAGUUACUUCACGGAGUGGAUUGAACGACAAAGAUAUCUCUUCCAAGUUUCACACGGAUGUCAAUGGUGACAGCGAAGAACCCAGAAAAACUCUCAGGUUAAUGUCAUCCAUUUCCAAUGAGAUUGAAGAGGACUUCCAGAAUUAUGUAAGGAAACAGCAUGCUCUCAAUGCUUUAAUGAAGGAUGGUGAAGAAGAAUCUGAUGGAAGAGAUGAUCGUUUACUUUAUAAGUCCACUGAGAAGAUGAUUCCUGAGAUGCAGCACGUGAAAGAGGUUCAAAUUCAGGAUGCCAUUUCAUUGAACCCUGUGGAACCAUCUGCAACUGAAUCAAUUGAAGACAAUAGCCAUUUAAAUGAGGUCUCUUCCAACACUGGAGCCGAGAGUGGAAGCACCAUUCAUCUUUCUGAUUCGUCCGUAACCACCAUGAGUAGCCUUGAGGAAUUUUUAGAAGGUCCAGAGUGUCAACAGCCUCAUAAUACUGAGCGCUUAUCCAGGACUGAAGAUAGGACGUCAAGAAGUCUAACAGGUCCAAGUCAAAGCUUUGUUAAUCAGCUUGCUCAUGGGGAUUGUGGUUCCUUUGCAAUUGGUCCUCUUUCAGGCCCAAUAACAUAUUCAGGACCAAUACCAUGUUCUGGUAGCAUUUCUCUGCGAUCAACUAGUAGCACUGCCAGCUCUAAUUCUUUUGCUUUUCCCAUAUUGCCAUCAGAAUGGAGUGGCAGCCCGGUAAGAAUGGUGGAAGCUGACCAGAGACAGCCGAGGAAGCAGCAAAGUUGGAGAGCCUGUUUUCUCUGCUGAUUCCAAAAAUCAUGCUUAUGGGUUCAUGGUGUAAUGUAAAUGAUAAACCUAGCAACGGUGCUUGUCAUACGAUUUUUUGCCUUUGGAAGUCUUAGGAAUGUGUUCUUUCCAUAUUCAUACCUUCCAGCACUGUCAGUGAGCAAGUUGUGAAGUUUGUUGGUUGCGAAGCAAUUAGACAGAAAUUUGGCUCCAGCCAAGUCAAUAAUUUAGACAAAGCCUUCUCAAAUUUCCUUUUUGCUUUCCAAAGAUGUAAUAAUCUUAGGUUAUAAUUCUUUCAGUUGACAAUAAAUGCUUUUGGAUCAUUGGUGAGUUGAUAUACAGUCAAUGACUGAUAGAAGGUUAGCUCUAA